AUGAGCACUAUUACCCGUAUCCUAGAUAAUAUAGGAGUGACGGGAACUAAAAGAGUGCACUGUGCAACCUUCAUGUUACCAGAUUAUGCCCGCGUUUGGUGGGAUAUCGUGGGCCAAACGCAGGAUGUCAGUGUAAUGACCUGGGAAGAAUUUAAAAGUUUGUUUGAGGAAAAGUUUUACUACAUCGAUGUGAGAACUUCACACAUGGAAGACUUUGUGAAGCUUACUCAGGGAAAGAUGUCAGUGGCCGAAUACACCCUGGAGUUUGAUCGGCUAUCUAAGUUUGCUGGUGAUCUGGUACCCACAGAUUUCACCAGGAAACAGAAAUAUGUGAGAGGAUUGAAUGCCACAACCAGUCGGGGCUUGAAGAUUACCACAUCACAUGACACUUUGUAUAAGAAAGUGGUAGAGCUAGCCUUGAUUGCUGAGGAGGCUGAGCAACAUGUAGCAAAAGAGCAGACUCCAAAGGAUGCCGUCACGACAUCGAAUCCUUCUGCUAGUGGGCACAUAGUAGAUAAAGAUGGAAUCAUGGUGGAUCCAGCAAAAAUUGAAGCUGUUCGGGACUGGCCAACACCAAAAUCAGUUACUGAAGUUAGGAGCUUUUUGAGAUUAGCUGGGUAUUAUUGCCAGUUUGUUGAGGGUUUUUUAAAGAUUACUGUACCCUUAACGGAGCUGACUCGAAAGAACUUGAAGUUUGUUUGGAGUGAUCGAUCCAACGUGGUUGCCGAUGCCUUGAGCAGAAAGGGACAGAGUCAGAUAAAUACGGUGAAACAAAUCUCCCAGCAACUAGCAAAUGAGAUGACCCGAGCUAUGAUUGAGUUGGUUGUAGGGCAGUUAGCUAAUAUUACUCUACAAUCUACUCUUUUAGAGUGA